AUGCAAAGAGAAGUUAAUCUGCCCAUUGUCACACUGUUAGUAGUCAGGACGGAAAGAUCCAACGGGUCUGGGGACUCGGGCAAGGUUCUUGCAGAAGGUGACAGCUCAGCGGGGGGCAGGGCGGGUACAGGGGUUGUCCGUGACGACCCCGUGGAGACGAAUGACAAAACAACGACUGUACUCUUGUCCCUCGCCCCGGACUUAGGGCCCAGCACCGAGCCUUCCGGCCUGAGCCCGCGGGCCGGCGGUCGAGGACAACCGCCCAAGGCAGCGGGCAGCCGAGCCGACCUCUGGACGGCAGCGGCCCACCAGGCCCGCCCCAGCCCCGCGAAGCUUCGCGCCAGCGCCAGGGAAGUAUCCUUCACUAACCUCUCACCAGGCCUCCGACACCCUCGUGUAACCUCUCAGGUUCCAGGCAACGCCAUAUACACACGCGACACCCGGAAGUUCCGGGAUGAGAGGGCCUAUCAUAGGGCCUCCCUCGGGCCGCGGUUCCGCCCCCGGGAGAAGCCCCGCCCACAGAGCGUGGUCCCGUCCCUGAGCUCGCGUCUCUGGCCCAAUGCGGCCUUGAGCUCUACUCGGCGGAGACGCGGAAGACGCGGCGCGCCUCGAGCUCCUCGCGCGGACUCGCGUACAGAAACCAGCCGGCGCCUCUUGGUCACCAGAGCCGCGAGGGCGGUCUCACAGAAGUCGGCCUUCGGCCGCGUCCUGCAAGCUGGCGGGGCCGCGCUCCCGGGACGCGAGACGCGCGCCGCUGGGGGCGCCCCAGGCUCGCUGGGCGGCACCGAGCGCCUAGGGUCUGAGUGGAUCCGGGGCUAG